AUGUUAAACUUUGCCAUAGCUCAGGGCAUCAUUGUCCUAAUUGGCAUUCUUGUUUAUUCUCUUUUCUUUCACAAAAAGCGGGAAGUUCUCCUGCCUUUACCGCCUGGCCCAAAAGGUCUCCCUAUUCUCGGCAAUAUCAGAGACGUGCCGGCUCCUGGACAACCAGAAUUCGAGUACUGGCUGACGCUGAAAGAAAAAUAUGGUCUCAUAAGCUCUGUAACCGUCUUAGGGCAUACGCAGAUCUUCAUUCAUGACCAGGAAGCUAUUACAGAGCUCUUGGAGAAAUCGUCUUUAAAGACUGCUUCGAGGCCCCAGAUGAAUUUCUUAAACCUGUCUGGCUAUGGUCGGUGGUUGAGUGUGAUGCCAUAUAACAGCCAGCAUCGAUUUUUCCGCAAGAUGAUCCAUCAGCAACUCGGAACCAAGCUCCUUUCGACUCAAUACAUUGAUAUUCAAGACGUUGAAUCAAAGCGUUUUCUGUUGCGAGCGUUGAUGGAUCCUACUCAUCUAUUCAGACAUGCACAAACUGAAGGGGCUUCCAUCAUAUUAAAACUCACGUACGGCUAUUCAUCAGAGCUAUAUAAACCAGAUCCUCUUGUUGAGCUCAUCCAAGAGGUUUUAAGAAACGCCUCCUUGGUCGUGGUUCCUUUUUCAUGGGCUGUUGAUCUUCUCCCCGUUAUCUCAUACCUGCCCGAGUGGUUCCCAGGUACAGGCUAUAGGCGGAUUGCUCGCAAAUGGAGAGCGUUGCUCGACGCCUCUGCCGACAUCCCUUAUGACUUUACCAAGGAGCAAAUGAGGCAAGGCUCGUAUCAGUCAUCAUACACGUCCAAGCUUAUUAGCUUCUUCAAGAGAGAUGGCAGAGAGAUUGAUGAAAAGACUGUUGAAGCUAUCAAAUGGACGGCGUCAAUCAUGUUUGCCGCCGGCGCAGAGACUACAGUGUCGACUAUAGUGUCAUUCUUUUUAGGCAUGGUCUUGAACCCCGACGUUCAACAAAAAGCUCAAGAGGAAAUUGACAGAGUGAUUGGCUCCGAUCGCCUACCCGAAGCCAGCGACGAGGAAAACUUGCCCUUUGUGAGAGGCGUGGUCAUGGAAGCUCUCCGAACUUUCCCCGUCGCGCCCAUGGGGUUUGUUCACGAAGCCGCGGAAGAUAUAGUCUUCCGAGGCUACCGCAUUCCCAAAGGAGCAUAUAUACGCCCUUGUAUGUGGUGGUAUUUUCACGAUCCCAAAACAUACGCGGAUCCCUCGAGGUAUGACCCUGGGCGUUACCUCGCGCCCCGGAGCGAGCCAGAGCCCAUGGAGGCAUUUGGGUACGGUCGUCGGGUGUGCCCAGGCAGGUUUGUUGCUCAAGGAACUCUCUUCCUCACAAUCUCACGAACUUUGGCGGUUUUUACAAUGAGCAAGGCGGUGCAAAACGGAAAGCCGGUUGAUUUUGAGCCCAAGCAUGCAGAAGGCGGGCUGGACCAUCCGCAAGAGUUUCCCUACAGCAUUGUUCCACGGAGCGAAAAGCAUGCAGAAUUAAUUCGAAGAGUAGAAGUGGAUCGCCCGUGGGAAGGAAGCAGCGUGGGCGCUAUUCAGGGAAAUGCUUUGUUUGACAAGUAUAAGGCGAGCUGUGAUGCUGGAAUAGACAACUACCGAGCUUGA